GUUGGACGAGAUGCUCUCCGACUCAGAAGGUUCAAAUAACGAUUAAAAACGUUUGGGUAGGGUAUUGAGACUAACACUUAGGCGCGGGACACGCCCUAACUCACACGCCCUUACAUACCUUGGCAUUCUGUUCGCUCCUCUACAUCCUUGACUCUACACACUGGUAGUCUCGCUACCCACUCCUGGAUUACCUUAGUUUUCGCUUCCGCCAUCGUUUCGUGCGUCGUCUACUUGGUCCUCGCGUCGCUACUUAAUCGUCAAAUAGUGUCUUAAAAUCUUAUCAGAUGAAGCCGAAGAAGCAUAAGACGGAGGGCAUCGCGCUGCUUUCGAUGUACGCAGAGGAUGACGACGAUGAGAUGGAGGAGGAAGAAGAGGAGGAAGAGGAGGAAGAGGAAAAUAAGGCACGAGAGGAAGGAGAUUCAAACGCGCAACAAGGGGGAGAGUCGGCGCGGGGGCAAGAACGCGGAGAAUCGGCGGAAGUGCGGGGCGGAAGCGGAGGAGGAGGCGAUCGGGGGGGAUAUGAAGCGGGGGGAGGAUUGGGGGAAGCGGAGCUGUCGUCCGCGCGUGGCGGGUUGAGUCGGUCGGGGGAGCCGGCGGAUCGAUCUGGGGGGGACAGGGGAGGCGCGUUGGGAAUUUUUGGCUACGGUCACGAUGCGGGGGACGAUGAGGUAAGUCGCGGAGCACUUGUCGCUGCUUUAGGGUUUCGUGAUCGCAUCACCUCACUUCCGCUCGCUCUUCUCCGCCCAUGCCCCCGCUCCUCUCCCCCUCUCCCCCCAUCCUCCUCUCCUGCCCUGCUUGCCCGCCUCGCCGUUCCGCCCCCCCGCUUCACUCCUUUCCGCCAUCCGCUCCGCUCCCCGCUUAGGUGCGCGCAGGAGGCGGAGGGGGAGAGGGAUGAGCGGCAGGGAGGCGCGGGAGCGCUGCGAGAAGCCCCCAGCCGCGCGACCCCAGGGUCGGUGCAUAUCCUUUCCCCCCCCGCUGGACGAAGCACCCCCACUCCCGGCUUGGGAACUGGCCCGGUUGACCGGGUUACUCCCCCCCCUCCUGGCACGUUGGAGGGUGACGUGGCGGUUCUAGCAGCCAAUGGCGUUGCGCCACGUGGACAGCUGACGCCCCCCGUUAAUGGGACUGUACAGGGAGAUCUGGGGGGCGAAGGGGAGGCUGGAGGAGAGAGAAGAGGAGGAGAGGGUGGGGAGAGGGGUGGGGAGGGGGGUGUGGAGGGGCAAGGAGGGGAGGGGGAGGGUGAGGAGGAGGUGGAGGAAGCAUUGAGAGGGUUUCUGCCCCCAGCGCCACGAGAGAAGUGCGAUGAACAGCUACAGGCCAAGUUCAUCCGAUACCUGGAGCUGAAACGAGCCGGCAGGAGCAUCAAUGACGCGCUGCGCAACUCCAAGGGCUAUCGCAACCCAGACUUCAUGCAGCAGGUGGUGAAGCAUGAGGGCAUAGACGAGCAUGGCUCCUGCUUUCCUAAGGACGUCUUUAAUCCCCACGGCUUUGAGCGAUCGGACUACUAUGAUGCUCUUGUGGCGGAGCAGCGGAGGGAGAUGGAGCGGAAGGAGCAGGAGAGGAGGCAGAAGGGCGGCCAGAUCGAGUUCCAGCGAGGCGGCACCGUCGUGCAGCUCAUCGCUGCUCCGCCUAAAGGAGCCCAACCCACGGCAGACGCGGUGUCUGCAGCAGCAGGAGGAGGGAUGGCGCCUGUGCAGGCCAUGGCAGCAGGAGCGGUGGCGGUAGGAGCAGCCGUAGCAGGAGCGGCAGUAGCAGGAGCACCAGCAGCAACAGGGGCAGUGACAGCAGGGGCUGCGGCGGCCGUGGGGGCAGGCAUUAUGGGGUCUGCUCCUGGUGCUGUGAGGGGUGGCGGCGGUGGUGGUGGCGGUGGGGCCGGCGGUGAGGGGUUGACGAGAGGGGGGAAGCGGAGCAAGUGGGACAAGGUUGUUGCUGAUGCCCCACCAUCAGCAGCAGCAGGGGGAGCAGCAGCAGCCUCAGCAGCCAUGGCAGCGACAGCAGCAGGUGCUGCUGCUGUUGCUGGCAGUGGUGCUGCUGGUGCUAGUGGGAGUGGCGCUGGUAGUGGUGGUGCUGCCGCUGGUGGUGCUACUGGUGCUGGCAUGGGCAUUGGGCGAGGGGCACAUAUGGCCAUGGCAGCAGCGAGAGCACAUGCUGCUGCCAUCACUGCGGCUGCUGCUGCUGCUGCCAUGGGGGGUGCAGGCCCCACAGCUGGACACAUGUCCCAUGACAAGAAUGGCAACAGGCGUUGAGUUAUGGAUGUCUGUGUAUCUUAGCCAUUGGAGACAGCUCCAUGACCCUGUAUGGUCCAUGAUUUAGGGUUUAGGGUCUGGUGCUGGUGUCUUGUGUUGGCAUGGCUCUCUGUCCAUUCUACUUCCGGUGUUAACAUGGAAAAUUCACCUGCUAUGUAAGGAGAAUAUCGAUUCAUGGUUGCAUGCAGCACUUCAGGGUAUCACUUCAGCAAGCAAGCAGCACUGCACGAUCUAUCACCGUAUUAUCUGCUGUGCGGCAGAGAGCCGAUCCUGCCAAUGGAGGCACCGAAGUUGUUGGGAGAGGUCAUAAUCUCAGAGGAUCCGGAGAAGUGGGCGGCACUGGUGGCGGCCAAGGCGAAGUAUUUGAAGGAGCUGCUGCCGGCGGCGCUGGAAAAUCUGCACACGGCGCAGCUCAGGGACGCAAAACGGUACGAGCAGUGGCAGCGACAGCGGGGGCUCCUGGGAGGACCGACCAUGGCAGUGGGUCAUGAGGUGUACUUACGCAAGGCGAAGCAGGACCAGCUGGAUGUGAGGCUGACAACAGAGAGGUGGAGGGUGAAGGAGGUGAAGCCGUCUUGGGUGCUGGUGUUGGAAAGUGCAGACGGUGGGUUAAAGCACGACCACGUGAUGAACGUAGCGCGGGCAAGGGGCCGUAGCGACGGAAGCAGAGUCCCAGCAGGCUAGGCAGGGGCCAGCUGCCUCUGGGAGGGGGCAAGUGGGCACCCAACCUGAGACACCGUAGGCCACGUGCAGAGACAUAAGCAAAGGACGGGUGAGGAGUGCAGGAGCUGUGUCAAGGGAAGCAGAGGAGAAGGGAGAGAGAAAAAGGCAGAGGGAGGGAGGCGAUCAGAGAAGGAUUUGCCGACAGCAGUCACGCUUAUGAGUUUACACGCAUACGUACGGCAGAAAGGAUGGCCAGAAGGAGUGUAACAGGGAGUCGAGUGUAACAGGAGGGGAGAAACUUAUAGCGGAGCCAGGUGUAAGGGAGGGAAGCUAGGUAUGGGCAGGCGGAAGCCCACGGCAGAGGGGCAGCGUAAAGUUCAAGGGGGGGGUUAGAGGUGCGUCACCAGACGGGCGGUUGAUGGGGACAGCGCCUUUCAAUUGGGUGAGAGGAGAAGGUGGGGUCAGCACAGAGGGACGGAAGGCAGCGCUUGGCGGAGCUUGUACAGCCUGGGCAUGCAUGCAUGGCAUGGUGUAUUCUAUUUUGUUCUGCUUGAGGCGAUUGACUUGGCGGGGACCAGUCUCGUCUCACAGAGUCCUGCAGGUAGGAAUAUAGGGUACCACCUGUUAGGAUAACUCUGCUCGUAUGUUUGUUUCUUGCAUAUUCGAAUAAACUCCACUUAUACCAAGGGGAGGUGUUCGAUAGCAGUAGCCAGUUGCUAGAUUCUGAGUGAGCCAAAUCAGUCUGGGCACCCAACCUGAGACACCGUAGGCCACGGGCAGAGACAUAUGCAAAGGAUGGGUG